CAUCAGAGUUAAUCAUUAAGCAGGGCAAACAUUCUAUACCAAGGAGAGUUGUCAGCAGUCAAGAUAGGGAGGACAAAGUUCAAGGUCUGGGCCUAGUAUGAGCUGAAGUUACGACGAGUCAUGACUUGAAUAGGGCUGGCUAAUAAUUUAUUUCCUUUAUGUUCUUAAGGAAUCCUAAGUAGAGACCCAAGACAAAUAGUUGAGAAGAAUAUGAGCUACGAAGCCAUUACAGCAUCAGAGGCAUUUAAGAAGGGAGAGUGCCAUAGUGCCAUAGACGCAUUGAGCAAGUAACUAGCUUGAGCAAGAGAUUUAUGAAAAGUGGGUGAGUAAUUAGUUGGCCAAGAAGCACACGCAGUCCCACACGAAUUGGAGGAAAGGGUUUAUAGCUCCAGGUUGUAUAAGGUAAAGGAAGUACAAGUUCUUGCAACAGAAGGAUUACCUCAAGUGAGACUUUAGGUUAUCAAGAUGAACAAAUUUCGAGGUCGAAAUUUUUCUUAAGGAGGGGGGAAAUGUGAUAUCUCGAUUCUGGACUUGGGUUCAACAACAACUAUCAGGAGAAUUGGUCAACAUGUCUAGUCAAAUCAGCAUUUUUGUUUCAUCAUUUUUGGAUCAAGUUGUGAAACAAAAAGGGUAGGGGGAGUCACUCAAGGUUACACGAAUGCUACCAGCUAAGGAAAUAUAAAUGAUCAAAGGUUACCAAUGAAGUUGUUAUGGUAAGAAUAAAUGAUUGGGGGAAGGAAGUAUAAGAAGGGUAUUGAUAGAAGGAUGAGUUUCGAGCAAAUUUCUGGGACGAAAUUUUUAUAAGGGGGGGGGGGGGGGGGGGGAAAUGUAACACCCCAUUUUUAGGUUAGGGUUCGAUUAAGGUUCGACUGAACGUUUGGAUCAACGGUUACGUACAAAGAGUUACAACCACAGAUUAGGGAUAAUAAUAAGAAUUAUUAUUAUUUUAUUAUUAUUAUUAUUAUUCAUUAAAAUGAAACCCUAAACCCCCACCCCAUUCGGCAUCACGUGGAGAAUCUCUUUUCCCCUAAAACAAUUGCUUUCCUUCUUCUCAUUCCGCUGCUCCUCAAAAGCUCAACGCAGUCCCGCAGCAAUCCGAAAAGGAGGAGGAAAAUGCCAGAGACACAAAUGAAAAAAAAAAACAGUUGGGACUUCGUCCAAAUCCUACGUCUGGGUGAAUCCUAGAAGCGCCAGAGCUUCCGAGCUCCGCAGGAAGUCAUAUGACGCUAGGUAUUCUUCUCUUGUUAAAGCCGCCCAGAAUUUGAAUUCAUGCGAGACGAGCGAGAAGGAAGUUUCCAGAGUUUUGAAUGGGUUAGGACAUAAUUUGUUGGAGCAAGAUGCUGUGGUUGUGGUCAAUAACAUGACGAACCCUGCAGCAUGCUUAUGGCCGAGCUGGCAAUGUGGAAAAAACUUUAAACUUGUAUGAUCGUGCUCGGGCGGAGAAAUGGAGACUUGAUGCCGUAACAUUUUCAACGUUGAUAAAAAUUUCUGGUAUUUCCGGGAACUAUGAAGGAUAUCGAAUUACUAUGAGAAGCAACAACGGAGAAUAAGGUGAGUGUAAAGGUGGUAAAUUCUACGCUUUACGAUUUUCAAGUAUUUGCGUUGAGUAUUUUCGAGUAUUGCUUUGCGUCGAUUCAUGUUUGAGAUUGCAUGAUUAUGGUUGGUGAUAUGUGCGUUGUUUGAAUUAUGACUUGAAGUGACUGGUUAUUAUUUACCUUGAAAUUUUCCUGAGUAUAAGUUAUUGUUAAAGUUUAAGAAACAAGUUCUUUUUAAGAAGUACCUCACUGAUAUGUUCCAAAUUGGCCACUUCUACAAGGCACAAUUACUUGCCAAAGAAGCUAUCAAGGUUGGAAAGAAGAAGGGCAGAAUUUGGCCAAGUCAAAAUUCGUGUUCAGGGUACAUACUUUGGAGGCAUGGUUCUCUCAAUUGGCUCGGUGGAAAUUCAAUUUUAAGGGUUUGUUUUGCAGAUAAAGUUUUCCUCUUUCCAAUGGUAUGCUCUGUGGAUUCAGAUGAUGUCAUUAAGGUUGUUUUCCAAGGCCUCAAAGUUGCUACCUCAAAACUGGAAAACUGCCAGAAAAUGGUUAAGUCUGGAAACUGUUUUGUGAAGCCUACUUUGGAGCUUAACUCGAGGAGUAUGGAUCUUCUUCAAGUCCAAAGGCUUCCACAACAUGAGACUAGGUAUGUUUAUGUACAAAGGGAAGGAAUUGGAUGAAGGAUUGGAGUUCGGGAAGGCUUUGAACAAAUGGCGCAAAGUUAGUACGAAAGCUGUCUUUUGACUGUUAGCUGGCAGCUUGCUUAUGCUUCAAGAAAGAGAGUUUAAAUCCGAAUUUUGUGUCCUUUUUAGAGUAGAUUUUUACCUUAAUUGUUUCCUAGUUCUAUUAGGGUUGUAUUAGGUUUAUUUGCCUUUAAAUACCUUUCUACUUUCGUUGUAAAACUCAGACUUUGUUGAAUAGAAAUCGAAACCGUUUGGUUUGUGCAAGUUGCGACUUGUUUUGGGUUUGGUGGAUUCCAAACUUGCUGAGCUUGUGUAUCGAUUGAAUAGUCACUUCAAUCGUGGUCGAGCAACUACCCUUUUAUACCAAUCGAGCUAUCCCCAGGUGUGGAUUUGUCCUUUUGGUGCCGUUCUAUCCAAGUUCGUAUUAAGAACGCUUUGUUCUCAAUUCGAGCUCAAUCGAUUCUUCGAUUGAGUCGUUUGCUGCGUUACUUUGAUAAUAUGCACCCCCAGGGGCGUAUUAAGUGGUAUCAGAGGCUGGUUCUACACAAGGGAGAAGGAGAAGAAGAACAUGCUGUUUCGUAUAAGCAGUUUUAUCGAGUUCCAAAACAGGGCAGCCCCUGUUUAUGCUUUGCAGCUGCUGUCCGGAGCUAAAUCGCAAUGGAAAACGUGGCAGGAGCUAAGAAGUUGGUAGAGGGCAGCACAGAGGCCAAGCAGCCACGAAAUUGUAGCAAAGAAACGUCUCCAGCAAUCAUAAUCAAGCAUAGAGAGUCUGACGAGCAGCGAGACAACUUAUUUCACAGCCGAUGUGAGAUUAACGGCAAAAUCGCUUCGUUGGUGAUCGAUGGAGGGAGUUGCGCGAAUUUGAUCAGUACGUAUGCCGUAGAAAAGCUUGAGUUGAAAACCCAGAAGCACCCUAAACCGUAUCAUCUCACCUGGCUCAACGAACAUGGUGACGUGAAGGUCAACAAACAAGCACAAAUCGAGUUCAUCAUUGGUAAGUACCGAGAUACGGUUCUCUGUGACGUAGUUCCAAUGCAAAACGUUCAUAUUCUGUUGGGUAGACCUUGGCAAUUCGACAGAAGGGUGUUACAUGAUGGCUGGGAGAAUUCUUAUACAUUCAAACACGAAAGCAGGAAGAUCAAAUUGAAGCCUCUAUCACCCGAUCAAGUUUUUGACGAUUUAAAACAGAUGGAGGAGAAUCGGAACGAAGGAAAAAGUGUUCAAGCUCAGUUGUGGGUUCAAAGGUGCGCUGGGUUCAAUUUCAUGAGCUUCAGAAAGCUGCAGAAGGGAGUUACAGAAUUGAAACCACCAAUCUACAACGACCCCUGUUUUGUGACGACAAAACAGAGUUUGAAUACGGUCGAGUCUGUCGUGGUGAUUGAAGGCAGCUCGCAUACAGUCACCACCGCAAACACCUUCAAAACUAUCCCAAGAGUGCGUUAUGAAACGAAAUUAUGGCCAAAGGAGCUUCAACUUAAAGGGUCCAAGUCGAAAUUUCUGUUGCAGCUCUGUUCGGCGACGUCAAUACAGAGCAGGAGAGAGGGCCAAUGGGAUGGAACACUGGAAAGCGAUCUGAACUUAACCACUGCUUCCGAAUUGUUCUAUGAGGCUUCAAGAAGCUCUCUGUACCAUUGGAUUCGAUCGAGUUGCUCUACUUUGCAGAACCCAAGAUCAGUUCCUCCGCCUCUGCAAACGGUCCAACACGCCAAGCAAACAGCUGAAUUGGUUGGGGCCGUGGAGGAAGAGUCGAGCGCAACCAAUUGUGCCAAAAUGUUUGUCAACACACCACGAAUGAUUUCGAUGGAAGUAAUCUCCCCUAUUCCAGCUGUAACAAAGAACCCGAUUCUGUCUGAAGUCCCUCUGAAAACAAAAAAAUACGAACAGGAAAUUGGAGAAUUGGUUGAGGAGAUCAGGGUUGAUUCGAACACAAUGGAGCCUAUAGACGAGUUCGUGGAGUUCCAAGGAUGGUGUAGGUGCAAAGAAACCUGCACGAAAACGCCUGGGUUAAAAUUCCCCAAUUACAAUUUAGGGUCGCCGGAUUCUGGGUUUGAGCUGCCGGAUUCUGGGAAAUUCAAAAUUUCCGGCGGCGGGAAACUCGCGAAUUGCAAUUGGAGUCGCAUGGAGAAUAAUCGAAGAUGGGUAAUGGGUGGAAACGACUACUGGGAGCCAGAUGGAGCGAUUGGGAGUGGAAAUUUGGCUUGUGGAUGCCUAGAAGAGAAACACCCAAUUUUUGGUCCCUCGCCGGAGUUUGAAGAACCGCCGGAAUCUGCAAAAUUUUGGCCGGAAACUGGAAAAUUGGCGCAAAGCAAUCUGGGUUCGAUUGAGCAAAACAUUUUCGUGGGAAAGGUCCCUUGGAGUCCCACGAACAUCCUGGCAUUCGAAUCGUGGGGAAAAUCAUCAAGAUCAAGGAGUAAUGAAGCCUCUACGUUUGAAUGGUUCGAAGUUAGGACGAGUUUAGGAUACCACUUUUGUGACCCAAUUUGGGAGGAUUUCGUUGAAAAAUUUGAUUGCAGGUCAAAACAAGCUUUGAGGGCAAAGCUUUUUGAAGUGGGGGAGCCUGAUAUGAUCCAAAUUGGCCACUUCUACAAGUCACAAUUACUUGCCAAAGAAGCUAUCAAGGUUGGAAAGAAGAAGGGCAGAAUUUGGCCAAGUCAAAAUCCGUGUUCAGGGUACAUAUUUUGGAGGCAUGGUUCUCUCAAUUGGCUCGGUGGAAAUUCAAUUUUAGGGGUUUGUUUUGCAGAUAAAGUUUUCCUCUUUCCAAUGGUAUGCUCUGUGGAUUCAGAUGAUGUCAUUAAGGUUGUUUUCCAAGGCCUCAAAGUUGCUACCUCAAAACUGGAAAACUGCCAGAAAAUGGUUAAGUCUGGAAACUGUUUUGUGAAGCCUACUUUGGAGCUUAAUUCGAGGAGUAUGGAUCUUCUUCAAGUCCAAAGGCUUCCACAACAUAAGACUAGGUAUGUUUAUGUACAAAUGGAAGGAAUUGGAUGAAGGAUUGGAGUUCGGGAAGGCUUUGAACAAAUGGCGCAAAGUUAGUACGAAAGCUGUCUUUUGACUGUUAGCUGGCAGCUUGCUUAUGCUUCAAGAAAGAGAGUUUAAAUCCGAAUUUUGUGUCCUUUUUAGAGUAGAUUUUUACCUUAAUUGUUUCCUAGUUCUAUUAGGGUUGUAUUAGGUUUAUUUGCCUUUAAAUACCUUUCUACUUUCGUUGUAAAACUCAGACUUUGUUGAAUAGAAAUCGAAACCGUUU